CUCUUUGGAGUUUUUGACCAGAUCCUGCAGCUGGACGAGAUUUGGAUGUUUUUAUAUUUAUGGAGGGCGUGUGUGUGUGUGUGUGUGUGUGUGUGUGUGUGUGUGUGUGUGUGUGUGUGUGUUGUGUGUUCAUGAGUGUGUGUGUGUGUGUGUGUGUGUGUGUGUGUGUGUGUGUGUGUGUGUGUGUGUGUGUGUGUUCAUGAGUGUGUGUGUGUGUGUGUGUGUGUUUAUGAGUGUGUGUGUGUGUGUUCAUGAGUGUGUGUGUGUGUGUGUGUGUUGAGUGUGUGUGUGUGUGUGUGUUCAUGAGUGUGUGUGUGUGUGUUCAUGAGUGUGUGUGUGUGUGUGUGUGUGUUGAUGAGUGUGUGUGUGUGUGUGUGUGUGUGUGUGUUCAUGAGUGUGUGUGUGUGUGUGUGUGUGUGUUCAUGAGUGUGUGUGUGUGUGUGUGUGUGUGUGUGUUCAUGAGUGUGUGUGUGUGUGUGUGUGUGUGUGUUGUUCAGUGUGUGUGUGUGUGUGUGUGUGUGUGUGUGUGUGUGUUCAUGUGUGUGUGUGUGUGUGUGUGUGUUCUUGUGUGUGUGUGUGUGUGUGUGUGUGUGUUCAUGAGUGUGUGUGUGUGUGUGUGUGUGUGUGUGUGUGAGUGCGCUCUGAUCCACACAGUCCUGAAUGUGAGUCUGAAUGAAAGUCGGUGAUUCUGGAAAAAAUCAAAAAUAAAUGUUCAGUGUUUGGAUCAGAGGAUCUUUUUAAUCCUGAAUCUUUGUCUCUGCGGGUCCAAACCUUUGGACUCUGAGUGUGUGUGUGUGUGUGUGUGUGUGUUGGACCUCCUGAUCUGGUGAACGUCUGAAGCGGUUCUGGAGGUCCUGACAGGAUGGUAAACGGGCUCGAACCUUCUCAAUCCUGAAUAUCGAACAGAGGAACAGAGUUAGUGUUCCGGUCAAACCCUCUGUUAUUGAAGGUGUGUGUGUGUUCAUGAGUGUGUGUGUGUGUGUGUGUAUUUUGGACCUCCUGACAGGAUGGUAAACGGGCUCGAACCCUCUCACUCCUGAAUAUCGAACAGAGGAACAGAGUUAGUGGUCCGGUCAAACCCUCUGUUAUUGAAGGUGUGUGUGUGAGUGAACGGGUGGUGAGAGGGUGAAUGUGUUCAUGUUGUUUUAUGAAUGAGAGUCCACGAGCAAAACAUGUUUAUAGAAAAAGUCACGUUGUUGGUGAUCGGACACCGAUGUGAACUUACAGGAAGAUAACAACGAAUGACCUCAUGGGGGCGCCAUAACAGCGUAUAACAGGGGAAACAGCUCUGGGGGUAUUUUGGGAGAUAAUUUGGCUUCUGCUGUCCGUCUGAUUGUCAUGAUAUUGUGGUUGAUGCUUUAACUACAACCUGAUUCUGUGUUCAGGUGGUUCAUUUUUGCACCUUCGCAUCUAUGAAAUCUACCACCAGGACCAGAAUAACGGGCGCUUAAAACGGAGGUAGACCGGACAAGAGCUAAAAAGCCGGGUCAACAUAAACGAUGGGGGACGCUUGGGGAUCUUGGUGACCCUGUAACCUUUCUGCUGGACAGGUAAACCGCUUUAACAAAGUAAGACAAGUGUCUGUAACAGAAGUGUUUCUUGUCAAACGGACCUGCUGUAGCGUGUUGUAGCGCCAUCGCUAAACUGUCCUCCCUCGGGUCCUGGACUAUGUCACUUUAUCCUCGUUGUAGAAGUCCUGCAAACAUUGUGUUUGCUGGUAGUCUGUUGGCAUCUACAGUAGCACCAAUGCUUUUGACUUUCACCUUGACUGGGCCCCAUUUGUAAUGAUCUGAAGUAUUUAUCUGCAUUAUAUCUGAAUUUAACUGGAACGAUACGAGCGAGCAGGAGCGUCUGUUUGUGGGCGGGGCUUAAGAGAGGGAGGAGCUGAGGGGAAAACUGGUUGGGAGGGGUCGAGUUUACAUUCAAGAUUUCUCCUAAAAACUGGAACCUCCUCAGAUCCUGAACUACAACACCUUUAAGGUCGGUCCCUCUGUGAGUCGCUCUGGGACGAUUUCACCGCAGGACCUUCUCUUACGUCAUGGAAAGAUCUAAAUGUUGGUGAGAGUUUCUUCAGGACCGAGGAGUCGGGGUUAUGAGGAGGUCUGAUGUCAGCGUCUUACGCAGCCUGACCCCAAAAUCUGCAUUUUACCCAUCAGCCCCGUGACUGUUACCUGCUAUUGCACAAGCUGGCCCCGCUGAACAUGACUCUGCUGAAGUGAGUGUAGUCUGACACACACACACACACACGGCUGCUGUGCAUGCAAACCCAGUGUGUGUGUGUCGUCAGUGUGAAACAUCUCAGCGCCCUGGAGCAGCUCGACACACCAGAUCACACAUCAUAAGACGCUGUGUGACCUGACAUCAACUCAGGAGUGUGUGUGUGUGUGUGUGUGUGUGUGUGGCUGAUGUAAAAGCUUGUGUAUUCAGAGUGCAGUCGGUGUGUAGUUUCUGUGUGUGUUGUUGUGUAAAAGAGCGACUCUCUCAGGUUUAAACGUCGUGA